AUGCAACAUUCUCCGGACUCCCUGAACACCGACUCGGCGAAUCCUAGGCGAAAAAAUUUGCCAACCAAAGUCGUUGCUUGUCACCGUUGCCAUUCUAAGAAGAUCAAGUGCUCGGGUGGUCAGCCUUGCCAAAAUUGUGUUCAUGCCGAACAGGGCUCGGAUUGCUCAUACCCUGAACGCAAUCGGAAGAUCAAGGUCUCACAAAGAUUUAUCGAUGAGCUUUUCGAGGAGAUUGACACCUUGAAACGACAACGUGUCUCUUCAAAUGAAAAUUUUAAUACGACUCCGCCUAUCUGUACCUCGCGGCAAGGAAAUGGAAGACCGCCGCAGCCCUCAAUGGCGCAGGAUGCUGAAGAGCCUGAGUCACAAACAGGCGCGCACAACUCCCAGCCGAACACAGACAUAAACCCACAGACAAACUCACAACCCAACACCCAUGCUAAUCCGCAGCCAGACGCACAGCCUAGCUCGGUUUUUGAUUCCCCUUAUGAAACUCCAUGGUUCGACAACCGAAACAUCUUUCACACGCCCAUCCUAAUCAGCGAAGAAGCCGACGCUGCCUUUGCAACCCGCUUUCGACAGGUGAUAUCCGACCCGCGCGUCCCCGAGCCGACGCAUUUGCUUCGCCUAAACUACGCUGAGGAUAGAGCAUUGCUGGCGUUGCCGGAGCCAGGACUUGCAUGGCCAAGUCAACCCCGUGCUCGCUUCUUGGUCGAAGCAGCCUUGAAAUACAUUUGUCGAUGCUAUUACAUUACUCGUCCAGGUGCUGCUCGGGAAAUGAUGGAUAAGGUUAUCUCGACCCCAGCCGCGGCCAGUUCUAUUCUGAGUUGCAAAUACUGGGCGCUAUUUGCUGUCGGAGAGCUUUAUGCAACUCGGGCUCCGGCGAUGCAUAGCUAUCCUGGUAUGGCCUACUUUUCACAGGCGUGCAAAAUCUUAGGUUACCCAAAUGAGCGCCCGGGGACAGAAUCAAUAGAGACAUUACUGCUUCUGUCAAUUUACUCUUUGGCCGUUAACCGACGGUACAGUGCAUACAUCCUAUCAGGUACAGCCAUGCGCACAGCAAUAGUCAUGGGUCUUCACCUCAAAAUCCCUCAAGUACAACUGCCUGACUUGGGGGCUCAAGAACAUAGAAAACGCCUAUUCUGGACCACGUACAUGUUUGAUCGGAUGUGGGGCGCCCAUCUCGGACAUCCAGCGGCAAUCCAGGACGAUGAUAUCCAGGUCGACCUGCCUUCUGUCCUGCCAAACAGCGAGCUGAGCGAAACAAAUUUGGACCAGUGCGAUGAUUUUGACGUCGAAUACUGCGUGGCCAGUAUCAAAUUGACACGACACCUGACGAGCGUUGUCCGGUCUAUAUAUAAUUUCCAUCCGCAGCACCAAGAGACGCAGCUGUCCACUCGAGUUCACCGGGCCCUACAGAACCUCCAAGCUUGGAUGACUCAAUUGCCACCUCAUUUAAAAAUUGAUCAUACACCCGGAGUGUGCGUGAUCCUUGCCACUCGUCCAAUACUACUGCACGCUCUACGUGUACAAAUUGCGAAUUCAAGGGGUGGAUCCCAGACCGGGUCUGAAGUUCCGGCGACUGCCUCUGCUCUGGUGGAGGCCUGUAUUCGGUGCGCCCGACAUUCAGCGCAGCUGCUUGCCCAGUCCUGGAUUGACGGGCUUUUCACGAACUACGAUUGCUUUUUCACCCAAUAUCUAUUUUCCUCGCUGACUAUUCUGGCUAUCUCAAGCAUAUACUUCGGCCAGGAAGCUCAUACCGACCGGAACUCAUAUCAAGAAGCUUCACGACUUUUGGCAGAGCUCAAGGAUGUCGGAAAUUUCGUAGCUCAAGAGUAUUAUCACCAUGUUGAAGCCAUUACUGCUGCCUUGGCGGCGUAUGCGAAGACUGUAAUACCUUUCGAACCCUUUGAGGGAAUGGGACCAGAUACCUCUCACAUGCCGCAUAAUUCGUCCGCCCAUCCUGGAGUGACAUGGAAUGACUCAUCUUUGCUCCAGCUUCUGUCUCAGCCACCGCUCGACAUGCAGUUUAUUGAUGACGUUGUCGGUGAGACUUACUACCAGGGGAGAUAUGAACCCGACUAUGCGCCUGGCCAGUGA